CGGCGCGCCAUACGAACGACGACGGGUCGCGCACUACGAGUAGGGCGCUGGUCGGCUCCGAAACGCCGAAGAGGAGAAACAACGAGAACGAGGAAGCGAACGACGAUAAUAAGAAGAGAGAAAGAGAGACAGACAGAAUUAUUAAGUAGUCCGAGUUCUCGAGGAAACGGAUAAGAGGAUAUACGUAUAUAUAAAUAUAUAUUUUUGAAAAAAGUGUCUCCGCCGAAGAAAAAGUUCGAGUUCGAGAAUUAAAUUGUGACCAUCGUAAAGGAAGAAAAGGAUUACAGUAGAAGAAAUCGAUGAUGUCUUCGGCCGUCGCGAAAACUUCCAAAUACACGUACCGUUCAACUGGCGGUGCAGGCUCUGCCGAUGUCAGCAUCGAAUACAGCGCCGACCUGAGUGCUCUCUCCAGACUCGAGGACAAGAUUCGCCUACUGCAGGAUGAUUUGGAGUCCGAGAGAGAGCUGCGUCAGAGGAUCGAACGCGAGCGCGCCGAUUUGAGCGUGCAAGUCAUCCAGCUAUCCGAACGUCUCGAAGAAGCAGAAGGUGGCGCCGAAUCUCAGUUCGAGAUCAACAAGAAGAGGGACACGGAACUAGCCAAGUUACGUAAACUCUUGGAAGAUGUUCAUCUCGAGAGCGAGGAGACUGCUCAUCUCUUGCGAAAGAAACAUCAAGAAGUUGUUGUUGACUUCCAGGAUCAAAUUGAUCAGCUUUCAAAAGCUCGUGCCAGGGCUGAUAAGGAAAAAUCGAAAUUCCAGCAGGAAGUAUACGAAUUACUCGCCCAGUUGGAUAAUGUCACGAAAGAGAAAUUAAUGUCCAUCAAGACAGUGGAAAAACUCGAAGUUCAUAUAUCGGAGUUGAACGUGAAGAUCGAGGAACUCAAUCGUACGAUCGUUGACAUUACUAGUCAUAAGACUCGCCUGUCGCAAGAGAACAUCGAAUUAACGAAGGAAGUGCAAGAUCUCAAAGUAAACAUCGAAAACGUGACUUAUCUGAAGACUCAAAUCGUUGGACAACUCGAAGAUGCUCGUCGCCGUCUCGAAGAUGAGGAACGUCGUCGAUCGUUGGUCGAGGCAUCUUUGCAUCAGGUCGAAGUGGAAUUGGAGUCCGUUCGGGUUCAAUUGGAAGAAGAAUCUGAAGCACGAUUGGAUAUCGAACGUCAAUUGGUCAAGUCCAAUGGUGAAGUCUCUGUAUGGAGAUCGAAAUACGAGACUGAAGCUAAUGCUCGCGCGGAAGAGGUUGAGGAAUUACGUCGCAAGUAUGCUGCUCGUAUACAAGAACAGGAAGAACAAAUUGAAACUCUUCUCGUGAAGAUCAACAAUCUUGAGAAACAAAAAUCUCGUCUUCAGUCGGAAGUAGAAGUUCUUAUCAUCGAUCUCGAAAAGGCCAAUGGAACUGCCCGAGAAUUGCAAAAACGCGUUGAACAUUUAGAAAAGAUACAAAUCGAAUUGAAAUCUCGUCUCGAUGAGACUGUGGCUAUGUACGAGCAAAGUCAACGUGAUCUUCGUAACAAACAACAAGAAUUGCAACGUACAAACGCUGAACUUGACAAGACCCGCGAGAUCAAAGAUCAAUUGGCUCGUGAGAAUAAGAAAUUGGGUGAUGAUCUCAGCGAUGCCAAAAAUCAACUAGCUGACAUGAACCGUAGAUUGCACGAAUUGGAAUUGGAACUUCGUCGUUUGGAAAAUGAACGUGAAGAACUUGCUGCUGCUUACAAAGAAGCCGAAGCAGGUCGCAAGAUCGAAGAACAACGUUCGCAGAGACUAUCAGCCGAGUUGAGCCAACUCCGUCACGAGUAUGAACGUCGUAUUGCUGAGAAGGACGAGGAGAUUGAAAUUAUUCGCAAGCAGACCAGCAUUGAGAUCGAGCAAUUGAAUGCCCGUGUCGUCGAAGCGGAAACGAAGCUGAAGACCGAAGUACAGCGUGUAAAGAAGAAGCUCCAGAUUCAGAUCACCGAACUGGAACUUUCUCUCGACGUUGCCAAUAAGAACAACAUCGAUUUGCAAAAGACCAUAAAGAAGCAAUCUCUUACCCUUACCGAACUCCAAGCCCACUACGAUGAAGUUCAACGUCAACUGCAGGUAACCUUGGAUCAGUUGGGCAUCAGCCAGAGACGUCUCCAAUCAUUGACGGCCGAGCUCGAGGAAGUUCGCGGCAAUUACGAAUCCGCCCUCCGCGCAAAGAGAACUGUCGAGCAGCAAUACGAAGAGUCGGUUAGCCGUAUCAACGAAUUGACAACUAUUAAUGUGAACAUAGCUUCGUCUAAGGCUAAGCUCGAGCAAGAAUUAACAACCUUGGCUGGUGAUUACGAGGAAGUUACCAAGGAAUUGCGGGUCAGCGACGAAAGAUAUCAACGUGUACAGAACGAGUUGAAACAUACCGUAGAGAUUCUGCACGAGGAACAAGAACGUAUCGUUAAGAUUGAGGCAAUCAAAAAAUCGCUUGAGAUCGAAGUUAAGAAUUUGUCGGUAAGAUUGGAGGAAGUCGAGGCCAACGCGAUUGUUGGCGGCAAACGUAUAAUCAGCAAGCUCGAGGCCAGGAUUCGUGACCUGGAACUCGAAUUGGACGAGGAGAAACGCAGACAUUCGGAGACUGUGAAGAUUUUACGCAAAAAAGAACGAAACAUCAAGGAGGUAAUGAUCCAAGUGGAGGAAGACUCGAAGAACAUUGCUUUGCUACAAGAAUCGUUAGACAAGGCGAAUCAAAAAGUCAGCAUCUAUAAGAGACAACUCCAAGAGCAAGAGGGUAUGUCCCAGCAAAGUGUGACCAGGGUCCGCCGAUUCCAAAGAGAACUCGAAGCAGCCGAAGACCGUGCCGAUACCGCUGAAAGCAAUUUGACUUUGAUUCGUGCCAAACACCGCAGCUUCGUCACCACCUCGACCGUACCCGGUUCCCAGGUCUACCUUGUCCAGGAGACGAGGCAGGAGCUGUAAUAACUUCGCCACAGAGAUCAUCGCCACCCCAAUUAUCAUUUCGAACGCCACGUCGUCCUCCUUCUAAACUAACAACAACGGCAACAGCAACAACAACAGCAACAGCAGCAGCAGCAGCAGGACGAACGAUCCAAAGGCGGGAGGACCGAAAGAGUUUCCAACGGGUCGCACGAUGUACUACACACAUCUUCUCUGAGGGGAUUAAACUAUUAAAAAGCCUCUAUAUUCAUAAGUACAUCGCUAUUAAUUAUAAACGAACGACCCGUCGUAAAUUCGACAUACACACACACAUAUAUAUAAUAUAUAUAUUUAUAAUAUAUAUUUAAUCCAAUAAAAUUUCCGCUUCCUCUCGUGAACGAAAAAAAUAAUAAAAGAAAUACGGGACACUUUGAUUAGGCCAAAGCAAAAGAGAACGAAAGCAAAUAAUAAAAUAAAAAAUAACGACAAAUAGAUUUUAAUCAAAAUAAGAACAGCUUAUUGCAGAUGCAUGAAUAAAAAUAUUAACUUUGUAAAGAAAAUUUGAGGCAAAAUAAAUGGCAUUCAUUAUUAUUAUUCUUAUCCUAUCAAUGAUGUGGCUAUUAUUAAUCGCGUAA